UAAAUUCUCAAACGCUGCUCUCCAGUGUGACCCACAUUAGUCGAACCAGACCUACCAUGACGCAAGUACACGAGUUGGCUUCGCGUUCUCAUACAUCUGCCCCAUCUGUUUGUAUAAAGUAGGCUAUGCGCAGAGAAGAGGAUAUGGAAGAUAAUGUGGGAUGUUCCCCAGUGGCCAUGUCAGAGAUGGGAGUGGCGAGGCCCUCAAGGCACACGGUGCAGGUGUCCGAGUCAGCCAGGCCGUCCAAGCACCGGGACCACCCGUCCAAGUCGUCAAGGAGACGGCGGGAGGGAAAGGGCUCACAGCGGCGUGGGGGUGAUCAUGAACAGCUGCUCCGGGAGAUGGAGCGGCAGAGGUUGCCAGGCCAACACGAGCACUCGGAACGCCCCGGCUUGGUGUCCGAGACGGCAGAAAGCUCUCCUAAGAGGAGAGCUCAUUUUCUACAUGGACCAUAUCCAGCCACUCACUUUGGACCCAAAGCCUGCAUUCUUCCCAACCCAACUUCAGUCAUGCAGAUUCAGGACCCAGCUAGCCAGCGGCUCACCUGGAACAAGCCUCCAUCUAACGUGCUUAUUAUCAGGAAGAUCCGAGAUGAAAGCCUGGUGGAGCCCUUCAAAGAACUCUGCAGGUUUUUAGUGGAGGAGAAGCAACUGAUGGUUUAUGUGGAGCGUAGGGUGGUAGAUGAUGCCACCCUCUCAAAGGAUGAGGCCUUUGGCUCUAUUCGCAAUCAACUCUGCACCUUCAGAGAGGGCUACGAUGACAUCUCUGACUGCAUAGACCUAAUCAUCUGUCUGGGUGGAGAUGGAACUCUGCUCUAUGCCUCCUCUCUCUUUCAGGGCAGUGUGCCUCCUGUGAUGGCGUUCCACCUGGGUUCCUUGGGUUUCCUGACGCCUUUCAAGUUUGAAUCAUACAAGACUGAAGUGGCGAAAGUUUUUGAAGGCAAUGCAGCCAUCACGUUGCGUAGCCGCCUAAAGGUUAAGGUGGUGAAGGACAUGCUCCAGAGGGCAGGCCAGCAACAGUAUGGUAGAGAGCCUCUUCAGCAGGAGCAGGAACACAACGGAUUCCUUCCACACGUGCACACCAACAGCGAGUUGGGCAAGGUCACCCUGCAGCUACAGGUGUUGAAUGAGGUGGUGGUGGACCGUGGCCCCUCCUCCUACCUGUCUAAUGUUGACCUGUACCUGGACGGACGUCUCAUCACUUCAGUACAGGGAGACGGUGUGAUCGUAUCCACCCCAACAGGUAGCACAGCAUAUGCAGCCGCGGCAGGGGCCUCCAUGAUUCACCCCAAUGUUCCAGCCAUCAUGGUGACCCCCAUCUGCCCACACUCGCUCUCCUUCAGGCCCAUCGUGGUUCCCGCUGGGGUGGAACUCAUGAUAACCCUAUCUCCUGAUGCCAGGAACACCGCCUGGGUGUCAUUUGAUGGCAGGAAAAGACAGGAGAUCCAGCAUGGAGACUGUAUCAAGAUCACUACCUCCUGUUACCCGGUGCCAUCCAUCUGUUGCCACGACCUGGUGUACGACUGGUUUGAGAGCCUGGCCCAGUGUCUGCACUGGAAUGUCCGAAAGAGGCAGGCUCGGCUGGCCGACGUCUCCGACUCCUCGGACACAGAGAACUGAAAUUGUUAACUUCAGUCUGCAUUUGUAAAUUCUCAUCUGUUCUAUACUUCAGUGGCAGAUCUCCUGCCAGUUGGAAUGGCAGAUG